ACUGUCAUAUCUGGCAUCCAUCAAAAGCAAAAUAAUUCGUCAUCUGUUCGAAAUUCCUAUUUCUGUUUAUAUUUUUUGGUUGAAAAGAAACGAGACUUCUAAUAUUGUUCUACUAGCAGCUAAGCAAUGCAGGAAAAUUGCCCCGAAUUGUACGAGGAGGUCAAGCUCUAUCGUAAUGCACGUGAACGCGAGAAGUACGAUAAUAUGGCGGACUUGUAUGCCAUCAUCAAUACUCUCCAACAACUUGAGAAGGCGUACAUCCGUGAUUGCAUCACUCCGCAAGAAUAUACAGCUGCAUGUUCCAAGUAUUUGGUGCAAUACAAGGUCGCUUUCAAGCAAGUGCAAUGCGAUGAGUAUCCCAAUGUAGACACAUUUGUAAAGAAAUUCCGAUUGGACUGCCCUGCAGCGCUCGAGCGUAUACGUGAAGACAGGCCGAUCACAAUACGAGAUGACAAGGGGAAUACAUCCAAAUGUAUUGCAGAAAUCGUAUCCUUAUUCAUUACAAUCAUGGAUAAACUGCGCCUUAAAAUGAACACAAUGGAUGCUCUACAGCCGGACGUAAAAGAUUUAGCUGAUAACAUGAAUCGACUUUCAUUAAUUCCAAAAGAUUUCGAAGCGAAACAAAAAGUUGAAACCUGGCUGAGCACUCUAAACGAUAUGCAAGCUUCAGAUGAGUUAUCCGAAGGGCAAGUGCGACAGUUUCUAUUCGAUCUGGAAUCGGCAUAUGCAGACUUUACCAAACUAUUGCACAGUCAGUAGUUGAAUUGUGUAUACUUUGCAGUAUUAGCAAUGCUUUUUAUGGAAUGAAAUUAUGUAUAUUUAAUCUCAUAGCUAUUAAUGAAUUAUUAUUUUUGUGCUCGGAACUUUGUGCAGCCGAUCAACAGCUUGAUUGGUACCUAAAUAUUAUUUUAUUAAAAAAACAAAAAAUAUUAUAAUACCCGAGUGAAAAAGUGUAUUUAGAAAGAUAAUAAAUAAACUCCUAAUAUA